AUCCCAAAAAUCAACCACUCUCGUGACCACAUGCAAUAGCAAUGUCUUAGUGGUUGCCUCCACACUCCACUGUUAUCUCUGUAUUAAGUACCUAAAUUGAUGUAAAUGUGAUGUGUCUGCUUUUUUCCUGUGAACAAACCAUCAAGACAUAAAAAGCAUUGUCCUUUCAUUUUCCUCUUUUUCCAAGUAAACAUUUUCAGUUCUCUUCUCCAUCUUCAAACUAAUUAAUAAACCCAUGGCAGCAAAGCCAAUUAGUUCCGCACCAAAAUUUCCUCUUUUUGCCAUGAAAUCACCUCAACAUUCAGGCAUACUUACACCACCACUUCACACUUUAGCUUCUGUUCCUUUUAAAUGGGAAGAAAAACCAGGCAAACCUAAGCCCUGCACUGACCUAAUAACUUUACCAAAUUCCAUUUUCAAUGAGCCCAAAUGCUUAGAGCCUCCUCCUAGAUUUUACUUGGAAAAUACCAAAAUACCCUCCCCUACUACUGUACUUGAUGGACCUUAUAACAUAAAAUCCAAAUGCAGAAAUGUUGAUGGGAGAGGGCAACUUGGUACUUUGGUUCUUUACAAGAGUAAUAAGGUGCGUAGAAGAAGAGGAAAUUGGUGGCAGCGGUAUUUAAAACGUAAGGAAACAAGUGUGGAUUCAACAGAUUGUGGGAGUGGCAGUGAUGAAUGUGGACGUCAUUUCAGUACUGUGAAAAUGGAUAGACUUAGAAGAAAUGGAACCUUCUCUAGCCUCACUCAGUCUAGGCCUCACAUCUGGGCUUCCAUAUACGAGGGUUUCAAGCAGGUCAUACCGUGGAAGAACAAAAAAUCAAAGAAAGAAGUGCUCAUUGUAUAAGAGUCCAACAUGAGCUGCUCUAUUAAUCAAAUCAAGAGUAACUGACUGCCUUAUCUAGUGGUAUUCUAAAAGUACUCGUCAUAUAUGUAAUGGAAUUACGUUUUCCUCCUGAGAUGUAAUAUACAAUCUUUAGCUUUAAUUGCACCUAAAACGUACUAUAAAUUUGGUGUGUGCGGUAUGACUUUCUAUUAGCCAAUGUGAUCUCUCGUUCAGUUUGUAGUUUA